CUCCCUUCGCUUUCGGACCCUCAGAUUUCGUUGCCCCCACUAAAAACCACUUUCCCCAACCCCCACCCUAAAACCGCUAUUAAACCCCUCAAAAACCGCCAUUUAACAUCCCCAAACCGCCGUCCGAAACCGUCAUCCCUACCGUUAAAUCCCACCUUUCCUUAACCCCCGCCGUUACAGCGAAAAAAUCGCCGAUUUCGACCUCAGAAUCUUUUUCCCGCCCUAUAAGUCCGCUCGUUUACCCUCUCCAGAAACCGACGCCCCCGAGCUCGACCCCAGACCUGGUCCGAAAACCGCUCCUCUUUUCCCUCAAAACCGCUUUCCUUUUUCGAACUCGGUCACCAGCAACUGAAAGCUCUGAGCUUCCGAAAACCUUCUUUCCAUCUGAGAAACCGCUCUUCUUCCGAUCGCGGGGAUCUGUAAAUGGAAAGAGCAGAACUGUUGAUUUCAGCUGCAGAUUUACUAAAAUGUUUUUAGUUUUUAUUUCGGCGUGAUCGUUUCGGAGUGUGUGUGAGAGAGAGAGGGGGGAGAAAAGCAGAGAAGGGAAGAGAUGGUGGUUUUGCUGAUCAAAGAGGUGCUCCGGAGCCUCUGCUGUGACAACGGAUGGUCGUAUGCUGUCUCGUGGCGGGCCAAAUGCCGGGAUUCCAUGUUGUUGAUGCCGGAAGAUGCUUAUUGCGAAGACCAGGUGGAAGUGGUGAUCGAGAAGAUGCUUCAUCAGGUCCACAUGGUGGGAGAGGGAAUGAUUGGACAAGUUGCUAUUACUGGGAGGCAUCAGUGGAUUUUUUCAGAUAAUUACUGUGGAGAAUUGAAUCCAAUAGGCCCCUUUGACAGUCAAGCUCUGCUCCAGGAUACUGCUGAGUGGCGUCGACAAUUUUCGGCUGGAAUUAAGACAAUCGCAAUCAUUUCUGUGUCAUCGCAAAGUGUGGUUCAGUUUGGUUCCACUCAGAAGAUUCUUGAGAGGAUGGAGUUUGUGGAUCUUGUUAGAAGUUUGUUUCGGCAGCUGCAAAGUGUUUCUGGGCCUUAUCUGUCUGGAAAUUCUCAGAAAGCUUUUAAGAGUGAAUCUUACAAUCCACCACCUCCAGGGGCUUCUGUUUCUGUUCUUUCAUCCAGCAAUUCCUACUCUGAUUAUGCAAACAUCAAAUCCUCUCAUGACAACAGCCAUGAAGAAUUCAUGGCCAAGGCCCAAUGUUCAACAAUUCUAACUCAACCUUGCAAUCCUUCCACUACUGGGUUGCACAAAGGCAGCCCACAGCCUCAUGUAUUAUCAGAACCACUGAUCCCUGGUUCAACAUAUCCAACCAAAGAUUCCAGCAAUUUACUUCAGAAGACAACCACCUUAAUGAGUGACUCCUCAUUUCCCCCCACAAGCCGACACCAAACAGCUGGUGCAGAAGCACAAGUCAUAUUAUCAAUGCCUAAUAUGCAGCUACCACAAGUCUUACUACAACCUAAUUCCUGUUCUUCUAGCAGAUCAGUCCUCAGCAAUCCCAGCACUAGUGCAUGGAGUGGUGAACUUUCUGGUUUGACUUCAAUGGAGCUGCAGCUGCUGUCGGGUAUGGGGAUUCAAGGGUCUCCAAAUAUCUUUCCCCUGAAUUCAGAUGCUAGUGUUUCUUGCGGGAACGCAUUUCCUAGUUUUCAUGGGGACCCAAUCAUAACUCCAUUAUAUAGCACAAAUGGAUCACUUGAUACAGUAUCCAGAACUGGAUAUGGAGCGGGGAAAUUGGCAGGUAGCCACCUUGCUUCUUCAUUUCCUGCUCAUGGAGGGGAGCUAUCUAGUGACAAAUUGGAUUCUAGAGGGGCUCCUUUUGUUCAGCAACUCCUGAGGGGAUCGGCUAGCACCCAGGCACUCCUAGAAGAGUUUAAACCAGCCAAUGCUACAUUGGCCCUUUCUAAUCUGAACCGGGCAAACAAUCCAAAUCACUGGACUUCUCCACCACUAGAUCAUGUGAAUAACAGCUUGACCACACCACUGACUGAUGAUCUGUUACGAGCUCUAGGUGUUGAUCCUCUAGCGUCUGGUUUUGAUGGAGGUGAUGUUUUCAGCAGCAUCUCAGUUAGUGAAGUGCCUAGAUCUGUUCAGAAUUUUGUAGGUUGUAGUGGAGAUUCUCUUGGUGCAGUUCCGGAUGGAAAAGAGAACUCUUCGAAUGUGCCUGUGCAAAUGUCUGCAGACAAUGACUUGUUUGAUAGUUUGGGAUUGGAUCUUAAGCACAGCCAGGGCCAGGAUUGUUGGGAUGAUAUCAUAUUACCAAUAGGGAGCAGCAGCAGAAUGAAUAUGAGUACUGGAAUUUCAGGGUCCAUCUCAGAGUUAGAUGCAAUUUCUAUCACAGGUCCUCAGAAAGGGUUCUUCUCAGAGCUAGGACUUGAACAGUUAUUAGAUGCUGUUGUUGGUAAUGUUAAGUCUGUUGCAAAUCAUAGUUCAGAUGAUCGAUCAUCCACAACUACGGUCACAAGAGCAGGCAGUACCUCAGUGUAUAGUAAUCAAGUUCCAUUGGCAGGUCUUUCUCGUUUGAGUGGAAGCACGGAUGGUUUGCUGCCCGAAUGCAAUUCUGAUAAGACCAUGCAUGGAUCUCAGAAAGAAGCCCUCUCAAAAUCCAUGGUCAGUUCAUGGAUUGAUGGCAGUUACAAUAUUAAUACUGGGAGUGCAGCAGCCUCACAGCAUAAGAAGCCUGAAGAACCUCCAAAGAACACAAGGAAAAGAGCUAGACCUGGGGAAAGUACUCGGCCGAGGCCAAAAGACCGCCAGCAGAUCCAAGAUCGGGUCAAGGAAUUGCGGGAGAUUGUGCCUAACGGUGCAAAGUGUAGCAUUGAUGCUCUGUUGGAUCGCACCAUCAAGCACAUGCUUUUCCUGCAAAGCGUGACGAAAUAUGCAGACAAACUUAAACAAGUCGAUGAGCCAAAGAUGAUUGGCAAGGAGAGUGGUGUUGUCUUAAAAGAUAACUCCAGCGGUAGUGGUGGUCGUGCUACCUGGGCAUUUGAGGUUGAGGGUCAGACCAUGGUAUGCCCAAUUAUAGUUGAGGACCUUAACCCCCCAGGCCAGAUGCUUGUUGAGAUGCUCUGUGAUGAACGGGGAUUCUUUCUUGAGAUAGCAGAUAUAAUUCGUGGGUUUGGGCUGACAAUCUUAAAGGGAGUGAUGGAAGUCCGAGACAAUAAGAUCUGGGCACGGUUUGUGGUCGAGGUGAACAGGGAAGUUACUAGGAUGGAUAUAUUUCUCUCACUGGUUCAACUUCUCCAGCAAACUACAAGUUCUGGCAGCCAGCCGACUAAACCUAUUGAGGGUGGGAUUCCUGUAUUUACCAAUUGUCAGCAAUCUCCCAUGCCAGUUCCAAUCAGCUUAGCUGAUAGAUUGCAGUGAUCGGGCACAUUGAUCUGGUCUGGGACUGCCGCGAGCAGGUACAGUGACAAAUGCCUGCCAUGACUGGCGUUCCUGACUCUCAACUUGAAUAGCUGCUGUCAAGCUUUCAGUUAGUGGAAGCUUCUGGAGAAGAAAGUGGGGUAUGUACAUAAAAGAGUCCUGUUGACGUUUGAACAUGAAUGUGAUGGGAACUAGUGGUGGAGAUGAAGAUAUGACUGGGAGGGAAAUAUUUUCAAAGGAAUGGCUGGGGCUUUUCUUUUGAACAGUUUCCCAUUUGAGGGAAGAAGGGUAAUGAAUCCAUAUGCAUUGUCGCUUUGAGGAGUUGAAGCGGGGUCUGCAAUGGUGACAGCUCAGCAGGGAGACGUGGUGAUCUUGAGAUUGUCUAGUCUAAAGUUGUAAUUGGGUUUCUUUUUUUCUUUUUCUUUCUUUUCUUUCUUUUCUUUUUUGGGUUAAUGGUGUAAAAGGGGGGAAAGAGGGCAAAGGGAGGAACAUUGAGCUUGUUGGGUUUUGGUUCUUUUGAUAACCUGUUUAUAUUAGAUGCUGAUGAUGUUAACCUAUUUUUAGGCUGACUCUCUAUUGGUAGAUGUAACUUUCAUAAUAAAGAUUCACUCUCUCUCUCUCUCUC